AUGGAUGGUGGGCGCUGGCCGCUGGCCUGGAUUGCUGCAUACGAUGUGACCAAUGAUGAUGAAUAUCUAGAGUUAGAACAGGGAAUUUUCUCAGAAUUGACGAAAGCCUGGGGUACUCGCUGCGGUGGCGGCCUACCAUGGAAUCCGGAAAGUUCCUACGUUAAUGCGAUCACAAAUGAACUAUUCCUCUCCGUUGCGGCACACCUCGCAAAUCGUGUCUCUUCCCCACCUGCCCACCUGAAAGAGAUGGAUACAUAG